AUGUUCCAUCAUCUGCAGUGGGUCCCCACUGCAGUCCAACAGCCACUGUGGUUUCAGAGACUUCUUUCUAACUCCUGGAGGAGGUAGGAGUAUAAGGUACACAAUCUUGGGAAGUCUAUGGCAAUGGAAGCUCUCCCCGGUGCCCUAAAUCCAGAUGAGAAGUCUCCAGAGUCAAAGGACUUAUUGCCUAGUCAGACAGCCAGCUCUCUCUGCAUUAGCUCCCGUAGUGAAUCAGUCUGGACAGCUGGAAGCAGAAAUAAUUGGGAAAUCUUCCGCAAGCCCAUCAUCAUCAUGUCUACAGGUGGGGCUAUCUUCCUCUUCGGUGUGGUCAUCACUUGCUUGUCAUACACUCUGAAUUUACCCACAGAGUCAAUCGUCCGUACUUGUUAUCAGAUGAGUGGGCCAGGCUUCCUCUCCCUGGGACUCAUGCUUCUGGUGUGUGGACUGGUGUGGGUACGCAUAAUCAAAAAAAAACUGAAUCAGCGACAAAAGUCAGUUUUUUUCCAAAGCCUCAAGUCCUUUUUCCUGAAUCGCUGA